AGUGAAGCAGCACUCUGCUAUAAAUACACGAGUCGUCUGGCUUUAUAAACUCUGAAACCUGGAAGUCUCACUAACGCUGUUAGAGUAGCUACUGCUGGAUUGACCUCAAACGGUGGAGCGUUCACUGACACUAAGUAUUCUUCUGUUUAGACGUUUUCUGCCUUUUGGGAGUUCAUUUGACGAGCUGGACAGAGACUCUAUGGGAGACUUCUGGGGAGGCAUAGCCAGCCUGAGAGUGUCCAGAGACAUGUCACUGGGCAACGAUGAGGAGGCGGUGCUGGACCAGGGGAAGACCAGCUCCACCCUCUACACCAACUUUGAGAAGGAAGAACUGGAGAGUCACAGAGCCGUGUACGUCGGCGUCCACGUUCCUCUGGGCCGAGACACUCGAAGGCGUCACCGUCACCGAGGACACCGACACCACCGGAGACGCCGGGACCGGGAGGACCGGGAGGACGGACGAGAGUCGCCCUCGUACGACACGCCGUCUCAGAGAGUCCAGUUCAUCCUGGGGACGGAGGACGGAGACGAGGAGCACAUGUCCCACGACCUGUUCACCGAGCUGGACGAGAUCACCUUCAGAGACGGAGACUUCCAGGAGUGGAAGGAGACGGCCAGGUGGCUGAAGUUCGAGGAGGACGUGGAGGAUGGAGGAGAGCGGUGGAGUAAACCCUACGUGGCCACGCUGUCCCUCCACAGCCUGUUUGAGCUGAGAUCCUGCAUCCUGAACGGAACCGUGCUGCUCGACAUGAGAGCCGACACCAUCCAGGAGAUCGCAGACAUGGUGAUUGACAGCAUGCUGGCGUCGGGUCAGCUGGAGGAGGGCGUUCGGGAGAAGGUGAAGGAGGCCAUGUUGAGGCGUCACCACCAUCAGAGCGAGAAGAAGCUGAGCAACCGAAUACCGCUGGUUCGAUCCUUCGCUGACAUCGGCAAGAAACACUCCGACCCCCAUUUACUGGAACGCAACGGUCUGCUGGCGUCUCCUCAGUCGGCUCCAGGAAACCUGGACAGCAAGAACAGCGAGAGUCGAAUCAACGGAGGCAGCAGAGAGAACAGCACGGUGGACUUCAGCAGGGUGGACAUGAACUUCAUGAAGAAGAUCCCUCCGGGAGCAGAGGCCUCCAACAUCCUGGUGGGAGAGGUGGACUUCCUGGAGCGACCGAUCAUCGCCUUCAUCCGGCGCCCCGCCAUGCUGCUGACCGGCCUCACCGAGGUGCCGGUGCCCACCAGGUUUCUCUUCCUGCUGCUCGGUCCGUUUGGAAAAGGUCCACAGUACCAUGAGAUCGGUCGCUCCAUCGCCACACUGAUGACGGACGAGAUUUUUCACGAUGUGGCGUACAAGGCGAAGGACCGGACCGACCUGCUGUCGGGGAUCGAUGAGUUCCUGGAUCAGGUCACCGUGCUUCCUCCUGGAGAGUGGGACCCCAGCAUCCGCAUCGAACCGCCAAAGAGCGUCCCGUCUCAGGAGAAGAGGAAGAUGGCGUCUGCCCCUAAUGGCCCCGCCCACAGCUGUGAAGUCACCAAGGAGGCGGAGCAUCAGGCAGGACCAGAGCUGCAGAGGACAGGGAGGGUCUUCGGCGGUCUAGUGAAGGACGUGCGGAGGAAAGCUCCGUUCCUGUGGAGCGACGUCAGAGACGCCGUCAGCCUGCAGUGUCUGGCCUCCGUCCUCUUCCUCUACUGCGCCUGCAUGUCGCCCGUCAUCACCUUCGGAGGGCUGCUGGGAGAAGCCACCAAAGGGAACAUAAGUGCCAUAGAGUCUCUGUUCGGGGCGUCUCUGACCGGCGUGGCCUACUCCCUGUUCUCCGGUCAGCCGCUCACCAUCCUGGGCAGCACAGGUCCGGUUCUGGUCUUUGAGAAGAUCCUCUUCAAGUUCUGCAGUGACUACGGUCUGUGCUACCUGUCCUUGAGGACCAGUAUCGGACUCUGGACCGCCUUCCUCUGCCUGCUGCUGGUCGCCACCGAUGCCAGCUCUCUGGUCUGCUACAUCACCCGCUUCACCGAGGAGGCCUUCGCCUCCCUCAUCUGCAUCAUCUUCAUCUACGAGUCUCUGGAGAAGCUGGUCCGCCUCGGGGAGCACUACCCCAUAGACAUGAACAACCAGCUGGACAACCUCACCUUCUACACGUGUCGGUGUUCCCCCCCCGCCAAUGUCUCGGAUCAAGUCCAGCAGAGGUGGAGCGACAGGAACGGGACCUUAGGGAUCCUCCGGUGGGACGAGCUGACGGUGAAGGACUGUCAGGACCUCCACGGGGAGUUCGUGGGUCCGGCCUGCAGCCACAAAGGUCCCUUCGUCCCAAACGUCCUCUUCUGGUCUAUCAUCCUCUUCUUCACCACCUUCUUCCUCUCCUCCUUCCUCAAGCAGGUCAAGACCAUGAGAUACUUCCCCACCAAGGUCCGGUCCUCCAUCAGUGACUUCGCCGUCUUCCUCACCAUCAUGAUCAUGGUGCUGCUGGAUUAUCUGGUUGGAGUUCCUUCACCCAAACUGGACGUCCCCGACCGCUUCGAGCCCACCUCCAACACUCGCGGCUGGCUGAUCUCCCCGCUGGGACCGAACCCCUGGUGGACGCUGCUGGCGGCCGCCGUGCCGGCUCUGCUCUGCACCAUCCUCAUCUUCAUGGACCAGCAGAUCACCGCCGUCAUCGUCAACAGGAAGGAGAACAAGCUGAAGAAAGGCUGUGGCUACCACCUGGACCUGCUGGUGGUGGCGGUGAUGCUGGGCGUCUGCUCCGUCAUGGGCCUGCCGUGGUUCGUGGCGGCGACCGUGCUCUCCAUCUCCCACGUCAAUAGCCUGAAGCUGGAGUCAGAGUGCGCAGCGCCCGGCGAGCAGCCAAAGUUUCUGGGCAUCGUGGAGCAGAGGGUCACCGGCUUCAUGAUCUUCGUCCUGAUGGGCUGCUCCGUCUUCAUGACCUCCGCCCUCAAGUUCAUCCCGAUGCCCGUCCUCUACGGAGUCUUCCUCUACAUGGGCGUGUCCUCGCUCAAAGGCAUCCAGCUGUUCGACCGGCUCCAGCUGUUCGGCAUGCCGGCCAAACACCAGCCGGACCUGAUCUACCUGCGCUACGUCCCCCUGUGGAAGGUGCACGUGUUCACGGCGGUGCAGCUGUCCUGCCUCAUCGUCCUCUGGGCCAUCAAGACGUCGGCCGCCGCCGUCGUCUUCCCCAUGAUGGUCCUGGCUCUGGUCUUCAUCCGGAAGCUUCUGGACUUCUGCUUCACCAAGAGAGAGCUGAGCUGGCUGGACGACCUGAUCCCAGAGAGCAAGAAGAAGAGGGACGACGACAAGAAGAAGAAGCAGAAGGAGGACGCUCUCCGGAUGCUGGAGGAGGACGACCCGCCCUACGACAUCCGGACCAGAGACCUGAAGGGCCGCGGCGACCCCUCAGAGGUCAACAUUUCCAGUGAAAUGGACAAAAGCGGCGUCUGGAAGUCCGUCUCCAAGAACUCUGACGGCUGCAGAGCUCUGAAACACAGCAGCCAGGAGAAGCUGCCCAGCGUCCAGAUCAACGUGGAGAACGAGGACGGUCGGAGGGUCGUGGACGCUGAGACGUCGCUAUGAUGCUGUUGGACGACCGGUUUCUGAAACUGUUUCGCUCCGUCUCCCCUUAGCUGAGGUCAAAGGUCGUCAACGACCAAUCAGGCUUCACCUCGCUGAAGAAGAAGAACGUUUUAUUGUGAAUCACAGAGACUCCACCGCUCGGAGCAAAGAUGGAAACAGAUUCCUCAGCUUUCUUUGAUUGUUUUUACUACUGCGCUGUGAUUGGCUGCUGAAGCAUCCAAUCAGAACACAGACUCACUUAAACACCUGAUUCUUUUUUCCAAAAUGACGAACUGAAAAAAGUUUAAUUUUCUUGUUUUCAAUUUUCUGUUUCUGCUUUUAUGAAGCAGCGUUUUUUAUUAAAUCCAUCAUGCUGAUCGACACUGUAACACGUGUCUGUCUGUGUGUGUCUGUGUGUGUGUCUGUGUGUGUGUCUGUGUGUGUCUGUGUGUGUGUCUGUGUGUGUAUGUGUGUGUCUGUGUGUAUGUGUGUGUCUGUGUGUGUGUGUGUGUCUGUGUGUGUGUGUGUGUGUGUGUGUCUGUGUGUGUGUGUGUGUGUGUCUGUGUGUGUGUGUGUGUGUGUCUGUGUGUGUGUGUCUGUGUGUGUGUGCGUUAGGCGUCUCCGAUCAGAUCUUUAUUGAUUAGAUGAGGUCUCAGAGUUCAUAAAUAUUAUCUAUGAUAUAAAUAAAUG